GACCCCAUCACCUAAACUCCAAUUUCCGGUCCAGUGUUGGGGUAGGAACUGAAGACAUGGUCUCACAUUUACCAUAACCACAUGCUCUUUCAAGGACCUUCUGGCCAUAGAAGUUGUGCGUGGGGGGGAAAUAAAGAAGUUGUGCAUGGAUUCUAUAGAAAACUAUCACGAGCCACUGCACCAGGGCGAGCUCACUGGGAGUCACUACAUCGAAUGUGCUCAGAGCUCAAGCGUAUUCAGAACACAAACCAUCCCCAUUUGGAUGGUCCUCCCCAAAGAGUCUCAUCCACUAUGACACAAGCCUUGCUGUUUACUUGCUAGUUUGUCGCAAGGGUAGGAAGAUGAUGAAUGCUGAAAAAACUCGCAAGGAAUGAGAAGUGCCAGGCACACUCAAGAUCAGGGCACUGGCCGCCAGACAGCUCUCUGCCGGGGUACCUGAUGCACCAGAGGCCUGAGCUCAGCACAUUCUCGGAUCCCUUCCAGAGCCGGGCACUCCAUGACUGGUAUUUGGAGUGAUAGCGUCCCUACCUCCAGUCCUCUCUGAUUUGCUGCUGUAGCUUCUGGGCGCAGAGCGACUGCAUCUUCCGAACAGACAUCAGGUGCAGCGUCAGCGGCAGACACCUGCGCAGCUGGCUCAGCCCCUCAGCAUGGAAAGAAGACUCCUGAAGAAGGAAAUGGAGAGGCUCCUGGGAGAUUAUAUUGGCAUCAGACUUCGAGAAAAGGAAUUUGACCCAAAAGGAAGAAGGCAACUCACCUUCCUAGAUGAUAUGGCACACUAUGACCUGGCCAUCGGGGUUGCUUUGCAGUGGCUGGAUCGCUCAGAAGACUUAGCUUGGCUGCAGUGGGAGAAAGUGAAAAGGCCCUUUCGUGGCCAACCGAUAUACCCAAACCAUAGAGAAAGAGAAGCAAUGAUCUUAUCAUCUUAUGCUGGCAUCUUAAUGAACAGCAUCCCCAUUGAGGAAGUCUUUAAAAUUUACGGGGCGGAUUCUUCUGCCAAUUCUGGUGCUACCAAGGUUUCCCGAGCUCCACCUUUCCGCCUCUCCCUGCACCCUUUUGCCAUGCUAACGGCACCCAGAGCAGCAGAAUAUGCCCGCAAACAGAGUAUAAAGCUAAGAAGGGGAGCAAUGAAUAAAAAUGCCACCAACAGCUCUAUGAGGAAAACAAAUGCCACAGAACAGAGAUCAUCAAAAAAGUUACCCUCGGACACACAGCCAAAGAGCAAAGUUACUUAGAAAGUUGGACUUGAUCCCUGGGACUUCACAAUAAAGUCUCUGGGAGAGGAAAAGAAACAUCUCAAAACUGCAACCCUCGCCAGCAUAUUUUCCUUUACAGUUAGCUUUGAUGCAAACUGCACCCAAGUGUUAUUUUUGGAUGUUGAGCCUUCUUUUCUUAGAAUCAUAUUAUAACGCUUCAUUUUGGGUCUUCAAAAUGUGUGUAUCUAUUUUAUGCUACUUCAUUGUGAGUGGAAGACUGUGGUGGGAGAAUUCCAAGAAUAUACAGUAUUUCUGUGUCAGAGCAGGCUGGCUUGUAGCACAUUUUGCAAACGUGUAGCAUUGAAUAGUGCAGAAUGGUGGAGUAAGAGGCAGCUUUCCAAAGUUUCAAUCCAAAAUAAAAUUAAUCUAUCAUUUGCCUUUAUUACGUUGUCACAUGGAAACAUUUGAAAUCCUUCCAAUAAAGCAUUACAAGAAAA